AUGGCAGAGCCACCAUCAUCUCCGCCCAGCGAGGCGACCAGCGCCGAGGACGCCUUGGCCUGGUACAAGGCCCAGUACGAGGUGCUCGAGGGAGAACUCGCCGAGUUCCGUGAAUCCAGCAAGGAGCUGGAGCAAGAGUUGGAGAAGGACAUUGAAGCUGCCGAGAAGAGGGAACGCGGCCUGCAGGAGAAGGCUGAGAGCCUCAAGUUCGAGGUAGAGGAGUGGAAGACAAAAUACAAGCAAGCCAAGACGGAAGCAAACUCGGCUCAGAACACACUAGAGAAGGAGAUUACCACAUUGCGCGAUACCAACAGGACCAUGCAGCUUAAGCUGCGCGACAUUGAGGUCGCCAACGACGAUUUCGAGCGACAGGCGCGAAACACGACGUCCUCCCUCGAGGACCUUGAAUCGAAAUACAACGUUGCGAUCGAGCGUGCAGUCAUGAUGGAGGAGGAGAUCAAGCUGGGCGAGCAAGAGCGAGAGACCCUGCGCAUCGAGGCGCAACGUCUGCGUGAGGAGCUUGCCGAUCUCAAGAUCGAAGCCGAGCUGCUCCAAGACAAGCUCAAGAAGCAAGAGGCACGCCAUCUGUCCCACAUCUCCACCGACCUCUCGGUCAUGUCGUCGCCUACGUUCGACAAGAACACGGAGCACUCUCCCAACUCGACAGCGAGCUCCCCUAUGGUCACAACCCCGCCAGACUCGGAGGCUCUGCCCGCCGCAAAGGCCGAGCUCAUGGAACCGCCCUCGCCCCCGAUGUCCGACGUCUCCGCAUCCGUACCAAGGCGGACGGUUACCAGGACACCCGCAUCGACGACGCGCAAGGUCUCCCGCCUGCCGUCCGUUGAGCACAGCGUCACCCCGAAGCCCCGAUCCUUCACUGCCUCCGUCACGAGCAGUCGACCUACCGGCGGCCGCGUCUCCGGUGCCAACACCACCCGCACUCCCGCCACUCGCACGGCGCCCCGCUCAACCUCUCAACGCAUGCCUACCACCAACUCGCUCAGCCACAUUCGAUCACUCACCGCGCAGAUGCAGCGCCUGGAAGCUCGUGUACACAAUGCUCGAUCAAAGCUUCCCGCACCCGUCACUACGCCGCCCCGCGCUUCGCCCCGAUCUUCAGUCAAUGGAGUCCACAGUGUGCCUUCGACGGUUACGAUCCGCUCUCGCAAGCGCCCAACGGGCUCCACCGCCUCUUCAGUGCGGGGCGACGAAACGCCAUCCAACUUCUCUGCCAGCACAACAUCAAAGCAUGUGCCCCGCCUUAGUACGUCGGGUGUCAGCAGGUUGUCGUUCGGUCCCCUGCCCAACCGGAAUCCCAACGCCGGCCACGAUGAGUCAAUCUCUCGACCGAGUUCGCGGGCUAGCACAUCAUACGCCCGGCCGUCAAGUCGCACUGAUAUGGCACCUCCUCGCCCUAUUAGCCGUACCAGCAUGUCAGGUACUAGGACACCUCUGGGACGCCCCCGGACCUCCCUGGGAGACUCUUUGAGGAGCAGCGUUCGCGGACACGGAAGGUCAAUUAGUGUAAGCCACCACCGCAUGGAAAUGCCCGAAGACGACGAGGACGAGUACCGCACACCCAGCAGGCGAGGCACAUACUCCCGCCUUGAGGCCGACAGCUCCGUCAGUGGCAUCCCCAUGCCGACGAGCGGCAUUCCAAUGCCAAGCAGCCGACGCCAGAGCGGAGGCAGUGUAUCCGGCAGGCGAAGCUCAAUGGGCCUGAGGAGUUCGAGAAUCGGACCCCAGGAGCUGGUCGAGGAGGAGACGUACUAA